UUCACGUGCGGAUCCUCAAUCGGAGCGGCACCUCUCGCGAGCUUCUGCCGGGCAGCAGCAGCAGCAGACCGGCCUUCUUCAGGUGAGACGACGCGUGCACGUUGUAUUGCUCCACCAGAUUUGAGAAGCAAACCAACACGACCUGCUCGUUGAGCCACUUCGGGCUCCGGUAACGUUGGUACAACUCUCAUCCGUCAGUCAGCGGCGCGGCCCUCAUGGCGGCAUCUGUUUCCUCGCCGACAGCCAAAACACUGGACUCCUGAUCCCCAGUGAACGGCGUCGCCAUGCCAACUCCCACGAUCCUCACAGCAACCGGGAGUCCUCUGAGAAGUUGCUAGGUUUACAACUGUGAGUCUACACAACGAGGAGAGAGAGAGCGAGAGAGAGAGAUGGUUUGCCAGCGUGGCGCCCUGCUGAUGUUCACCUUGCUGGUGAAGGUGGGACGUGUGGGUGGAUGUCCGUGUCCGGCGGCCACCGUUUUGUCCCAGUUUCCCUCCGAGGUCCCCGCCGACGCCUGUUGCUUGAACUACUCCGGCUCCGCCUUCGGCCACGUGCGCUGGUCUGCGUUCGCAAACGGGACCGACGUCGACACCCUGGAUCUCUCCUUCUGCAACAUCACCUCCGUUCACGUGAGUGCCGCAGACGCGUCGACCCUGCGGAGGGUUUUCUUGGGUCGCAACAGACUAACGGCGUUGCCGAGGGGGUUUCUGGCCGGCCAGCCCAGCCUGACGGAGGUGGAUCUGAGCGAGAACCUGAUCCAGGAGCUCCCCGAGGGUUUUCUUCAGGGCUCAGACAGCCUCCAGAAGCUGGAUCUGCAGGGAAACCAGCUCCGCUUCCUCCCGGGCUCUCUGCUGCAGAAGCCCAGUCUGCAGACGCUGGAGCUGGAUGGAAACCCGUGGGACUGCUCCUGCGUGUUGCUCAAAGGCCUGGAGGAAGGCAGGAAGUUCAACGGCACCGCUAAGCUGCAGAACCUGCUGGGGAACUUGACCUGCGUCUCUCCCUGGCACCUGGCCGGCAGGACCGCGUUCUCCGUGAGGCUGGGCGACGUGUGCCGCCCGGCCGGCCUCACCGCGCUCUUCAUCGUGCUCCCUCUCGUCAUCCUCUCCGCCUUGGUGCUCUGCUGGUGCUGCGGGAGGAAGAAGAAAGAAGCGCCCGUGAGCGCCUCGAAGAAGAAGAGAGCCUCCGACGCCGCCUGCAACGGCCAGAAGCACCGCGGCGGCAAGCAGAAAGCCGCCGCGGAGCCCAAUAGAGCUGCGAACCGCGGCAACGAGGGGAUCCUGAAGAACCAGCUGCAGCUCCGCCCGCCCUCCGCCCUCCUGGGCAGCACCAGGGACAUCUAUGAAGAGGUGGAGAUCAAGCUGGGCUCGGUGGAGUGUCUUCCACGAGCAUCCGGCUCCACAGAGGGGGAGCAGGGCCCCCAGGGGCCCGACGUGGCCGGCAAGGCGGACCUGGACUCGGUCAGCGUGACCGAGGUGAUGAAGGACUCCGCUGACAGAGAGAAGGCUUACCUGACCCAGUCCACUGAGUACUACAGCCUGGUGCCGGGUAUCGAGCUGGAGGACUCGGACCACGGCGAGUAUGAGAACGUCAGCCUCUCGUGACGCCGCGUGAGAGGAAUAGUUCGUUUUGGUUUCCCUAACGAAGAUGAGAGGAUCUGAACCCUACACUGAACCCUUUAAAGACUAUUUUCUUCAUCAGUUUCUCAACGUGAGUGAUGAGGUCAUUUUGCCGUUUAAGUUCAUUUAUAUAAAGAUUUCUAUAUUUGUGUUUGUAUCUGUGCUCAACUUUGACUCUUAAACUACACAUUAUAAGGAUGUUUCUUUUACUUGAAAUGUGAAUGUUGUUUAUUUAGUCUUGCAGGUUAAAUUAUGUAGAGAUACUUGAGUUUUGAAACUAAGUUUCUACGGGCUUUAAGUACGGAGCUGUAGCCCGGGGGCAGUUAGCUUAGCUUAGCAUAAAGACUGGAAUCGGCUAGCUUGACUCACUCCAAAUUAAAAACAAAAUGUGAUGCCUAUCAUGGAUUAAACUAAUUAUCUACAACCGUUCAUGAGCUCUAAAGUUUUGGUCCCACCAGGAAGUAAAGCAGCGUUUAUCCGACCGCUCUUUGCACAAGGCUUUGUGACUACUCAAAGGUUCCUGUGGAAGGGUUCUAGUAGAAGGGUUUCUGUAGAAGGGUUCUAGUAGAAGGGUUCUAGUAGAAGGGUUUCUGUAGAAGGGUUCCUGUAGAAGGGUUCUAGUAGAAGGGUUCCUGUAGAAGGGUUCUAGUAGAAGGGUUUCUGUAGAAGGGUUCUAGUAGAAGAGUUUCUGUAGAAGGGUUCUAGUAGAAGGGUUCUAGUAGAAGGGUUCUAGUAGAAGGGUUUCUGUGGAAGGGUUCCUGUGGAAGGGUUCUAGUAGAAGGGUUUCUGUAGAAGGGUUCUAGUAGAAGGGUUUCUGUAGAAGGGUUCUAGUAGAAGGGUUUCUGUGGAAGGGUUCUAGUAGAAGGGUUUCUGUAGAAGGGUUCUAGUAGAAGGGUUUCUGUGGAAGGGUUCUAGUAGAAGGGGUUCUGUGGAAGGGUUCUAGUAGAAGGGUUUCUGUAGAAGGGUUCUAGUAGAAGGGGUUCUGGCUAAGGGUUCCUGUAGAAGGGUUCCAGUGGAAGGGUUCCAGUGGAAGGGUUCCUGUAGAAGUGUUUCUGUGGAAGGGUUCUAGUAGAAGGGUUCCAGUGGAAGGGUUCCUGUAGAAGGGUUCUAGUAGAAGUGUUUAUGUGGAAGGGUUCUAGUAGAAGGGUUCCAGUGGAAGGGUUUCUGUAGAAGGGUUCCUGUAGAAGGGUUCUAGUAGAAGUGUUUCUGUGGAAGGGUUCUAGUAGAAGGGUUCCAGUGGAAGGAUUCCUGUAGAAGGGUUCCUGUAGAAGGGUUCUAGUAGAAGUGUUUAUGUGGAAGGGUUCUAGUAGAAGGGUUCCAGUGGAAGGGUUUCUGUAGAAGGGUUCCUGUAGAAGGGUUCUAGUAGAAGUGUUUCUGUGGAAGGGUUCUAGUAGAAGGGUUCUAGUAUAAGGGUUUCUGUGGAAGGGUUCUAGUAGAAGGGUUUCUGUAGAAGGGUUCCUGUAGAAGUGUUUCUGUGGAAGGGUUCUAGUAGAAGGGUUUCUGUGGAAGGGUUUCUGUAGAAGGGGUUCUGGCUAAGGGUUCCUGUAGAAGGGUUCUAGUAGAAGGGUUCCAGUAGAAGGGUUUCUGUAGAAGGGUUUCUGUGGAGGGGUUCCUGUAGAAGGGUUCUAGUAGAAGGGUUCCUGUAGAAGGGUUCCAGUAGAAGGGUUCCAGUAGAAGGGUUUCUGUAGAAGGGUUCUAGUAGAAGGGUUUCUGUAGAAGGGUUCUAGUAGAAGGGUUCCAGUAGAAGGGUUCCUGUAAGAGGGUUUCUGUGGGUUCCAGUAGAACCGCUAGUCAGUCACUAUCGCCGAGCUUCAACCGAUGUUCUCUGUCGUGGGUUAUUCACUUUUGUUCUCUUCGCCACUUUAUAUAAUUUAAAAAGCCGAGUAGCUAACGAUGCUAGCUGCUCCGCUCAAUGCAGAUAAUGGCCUGCACCUUCAAAUGUGAAAGCAAGAACAGACCUUUUAAUAUUGAAUAUACGGCCCUUAUAUCGCAUAACCUUUGUUUGCAUCAAGAACACAGGACCCCGAGAACAUCGCUGUUUCUCCCUGCUUCAUGCUAAGCUACGCUAAAAAUUACUCUGCACUCCACGAACGAGUUGCAUCUCUCUUCAUCUAAUUCUCCAAGUGUGUAUUUCAUCAAAAUGUCCAAUUAUUCCCUUUUUUUAAAUUUUUUUUAAAAGGCCCUGAAAGAGAGACGCCGUGCGUCGUCCAUUGACACGGAGAGAGUGGUCCGACCACGAUGUAACAGGAAGUGGUUUAAUCUGGAGCUUUUCCUGUGGGAACGCGGCUGGAAAAAAAAAAAAAAAAAACUAACAUUUACAGUAUUUAAUGUUCAUUUAAUGUUCCCUUUGUGUGGUUCUCCACUUCUUUAACAAAAGGACAGGGCUUACUCUUUCCUUCACCUCGCCCGAGUGUGAUUGUCACGCGGCAUUCCUGUUUGACCUGUUACGCCAAACACAGGAUGUUCUGGUUCUAAUCCCAUUGUAAUGCUCACGGUUAAUUCAUUGUGAAGCGUGGAAUGUAAAGCUGAGGUGAGGGAGUCUACAUAUAUAUAUAUAUAUAUAUAUAUAUAUAUAUAUAUAUAUAUAUAUAUAUAUAUAUAUACCUGUGCUAUGCCCGUUUCUACUUUACAGUAGUUAACUGUAAAGAGGUUCUGUGGCGGUUUCGUGUGCAUUUUGUGUUAUUUAAGUGCUUUUAAUGUGUUUUUAAAUGUUGCAUUUUGUUCAACGCUGACGCAGCUUCUUGGUCACGUCUUCUGUAUUUUUGUUCUUUAAUUUAUCAAUUUUUUGGCAAAUAAUGUUUUUUGUUCGCAACCUGUUGGUGACUUUAUGUAUCUGUUCCAGUCAGUCUGCACAUGAGCGCUUCAUUUAAGGAUUUGUGGUUGCUACGCUGUGAUUGAGCUCAUUUUAGACUCAAUAUAUUUUUCAUUUGACCUUAAUGUUUGGGAAAUAAAAUUGACAGCUACUGAACAUCACAUAGUGACAUUAAUACUCUUGUCAAAACAAAAUGAGUGUACUGGUAAGAAAAGCACUGAUUUUUUUAUCAACAUGUUUAUACUUGCAGAUCUCGAUUGUUUAUUUUAUGCAAAGAAUUCAUGUUGU